CGCUCGGGGCGUGCCGGGGCGGGCGGGCGCCGGGUACCGGGCGGGCUCCUCGCACCGGCCGGGGCUCGACGCCGCUCCCCGGCAGCCCUGCGGCCGGCGCCGGGACGCGGCUUUUUUCUUUCUUUUUUUACAGGAAAAAACAGCGUUGCUCGCGCCGCGCCCGGCGACUUCCUAUUUUGCCGCAUCGCUGCGGCCGUGCCCCUCUUCCUCGCGGGGCGGCUCGGGCCGGGGCAGCCCCGGCACUGACUGCGGCCGCGGUGGAACCGCUCACGACGAGGGCUUCGACGCGAUCCUGGUUUCUCUGGAGCCCACGCGACAGCAAGGAUUGAAAUUUCCCGGCUUGGCAGCUCGCGCUGGUGUCUUUUGGGAAGAGUUCGCGUGCUUGGCGGUGGUUUUGUUUCUGCGAGUUGUCAAAGUGUUUCCUGCCCGUAGUUUAUGAAAAGGAAAUGUUCAGCUGUUGGAUUUGGAUGUUCAUCUUGCUCUGCGGAAGUUCUAUAGCAGAUGAAAACUCUAUCAGAGAUGCUGACAUUUUUCCUUCAUCUCCUGAAAUUGAAAGAGGAUCCACCCUGAAACUAUUCUGUGUUCUUGGAAAACACUAUACGCCUCAAAGAAAUGCAAGCCACAUAAUCUGGAAAUUGAAUCGUGAAUUGAUUGCUCAGGAAAACUAUAACAUUGUGAAUGAGACUGUAUCUAGUGUAAUCAUCCAUAAUUUCACUUACAACAAAGCACAUGUGAAAUGUUUCAUCAAGUACUUAGGCAAAGAACAACUUUUGGUUCACACUGAAGUUAAAUCUGGCUUUCCACCAGACACACCAGGAAAUAUUUCCUGCAUUUAUUACUUUAAUGUUGAACUUACCUGCAACUGGACUUCAGGAAGAGAAACAAAUCUUACAACAAUCUAUACUCUUUACAGAAAAAUUAAGAAUAAGCAAGGUCUGAUUAUGCCGGACUCAGAGCUCUCCAGCUGCCGAAGCAAAACCGAGUCAUGCUCAUUUCGUCACCCAAAUACUCCGUUUAGUAAUUCUUUUUGUUUUCAAGUGAAAGCUCAAAAUGUUUUGGGUGAAGCUUCAUCAGACUGUGUUCCUAUAGCUAUGGAAAACAUAGAGAAAUUUGAACCUCCUGAAAUACUUUCCAUAAAAAAAGUUGCUGGUAUAAAGCAGUUGCUUACAGUAACCUGGAAAAUACCUGAGGAUAUUAUACCUGCACAAUAUUUAAAUUGCCAGGUUCGAUAUAGAAACUUGUAUUCAAACUCUUCGGAAAUUGACACUGUUGCAGUGACUUCUGAAGAGAAAGUAGUAUCGCUUAAUCUCACGGGUCUGUGGGACUCCACAGAGUAUUCAGUUGCCGUUCGGUGUAUUGGUGUUGAAUCAAAAUUCUGGAGCGAAUGGUGUAGAGAGAAAACAGCAAGCACAGAGGAGAAAGCUCCCUCAGAAAAAGUGGAUUUGUGGAGGAUAAUUGAAUCUUCACACCCAGCUGGAAAUAGAUCUGUACAUCUUAUAUGGAAGCUACUAAGCAAGAUUCCACCCCCUGGGAGAAUUCUAGGCUACAAAAUACAGUAUUUUCCAGAAAACAAUGCUGUACUUCAAAUGACAAACAUCACCACCAAUCAGAAAAUUGUAUUACCUUUAAAUGAAGAGGCAUAUAUAAUAUCUGUUACUGCCUAUAAUUCUGCUGGAAAUUCUCCUGCAGCUAUUUUGAGGAUUCCAUCCAUUGACGAAAAACCUCCCGAGAUUAUUGAAACAGUGAGGACCUAUACAACAAAUGAAGAAAUGAUUGUGGAAUGGAUAGCCUCUGAACCAGAAGUAACUGAAUAUGUAGUUGAGUGGUAUGAGGAGCUGGAGACAGAUCCUUUUAUUAGAUCAUGGCAGUAUAUAUCAAAUUCUACAAAGUGGAAAGCUAACAAAAAAAUCUUUAAACCAUUUGUAUGCUAUAACAUGUCAGUGUAUCCUCUUUAUGGCAAUAAAGUAGCAGCUCCAUAUUCCAUACAAACUUAUGUUCAAGAAAAAGAGCCAUCAGAAGGUCCUGUGGCUGAUACAGAUGUUCCAGGCAAAAAUGAAGUUGUAAUAAAAUGGGAGGAGAUUUCAAAAGAUAAAAGAAAUGGCUUUAUCACUAACUAUACAAUAUUUUAUAAACCUGAAGGUGGAAAAGAAUUGAAUGAAACGGUGAACUCUGAUGUUCUGCACCACAGAUUGAAGUCCUUACAGGCUAAUACACAAUAUACUGUCCAUAUCAUGGCAAGCAAUAGAGCUGGUGGAACCAGUGGAGAGCCAAAAACCUUCAAGACUUUGAAAUUCAAUAAAGAAGACAUUAUUUUCAUUGCUAUACCCGUUGGAUUAAGCAUGUUCUUUCUGUUAGGCCUUUGGAUAACAUGCAUUUUGAAAAAACACACGUUUAAAAAGGUUUGCUGGCCUGAUGUACCCAAUCCUGCAGAGAGCGUUGCUGUGGAAUGGCCUCUUGACGCACCCAUGAAUAAUUCGUUUUUGAAGGGAGUGACGUAUGAGGAUAAAACCGUAGGCCUGGAGGAUGUAAGUGUUUUGGAAGAUUGCUUUCCUGAAGAAGAUCAUGAAGGAUUAUUGCUAAUGAACUGUGAAAAACAUGUUUCUGAAUGUACUGAUAGUAAUGUAAAAGGUGUACAAAAUAUCUCCGAACACAAAAUAACUCUGUUAAAUGGAAACAAAAAGAUACUGUAUAAUGAAGAACAUGAAGUAGCUAAAUGCCUUUCACCAUCCAUGCCUUAUGUAAUUACUGGUGAAGAUUUCAGAAGUCAAAUGCAUUCAGCUUUGAUACCAGCCAAGAAAAUCCAACCCAUAGAAAUGCUGGAAGACGAUUUACGUGAAACCCAACAGAUUUCAGUUAAAAAUGAAGAAAGUGAUGAUGAAGAAGCUUUAAAGCUGGAAGAUUUCAGUGAAAAAACAUUGUUCAACCCAUACCUUAGAAAUUCUGUUAAAACAAGGGAAUUUCUCAUUUCUGAGAACUUGCUAGAACAUAGUAAGAAUGAACCCAAGAAACAGCCAACUGUUUUACCUGCUUUUCAACAAAAUGCUGUAGGACAAUCCUAUGUAACACUGGACAUUGUUGGGCUGGCCACAGCUCAUUAGCAGCAGAAAACUUCCCUUGUACAGUCCCAUCUUGGUAGUGCUGCUUUUAUAUAUUCGUAUGUUCUAACCUGGACGAUCAUGGUUACUUUGGACGAAAUUACCCCAUUUCUUUGAACAGCUGUGAAGUAAUCAGUACACUGUGUUUAUACCUGCUGAGGUUUUAGUGUUGUGGUGUUUUUUUUUUAAUUUUUAUUUUUUAACCAUGUAUAUGUGUCAGUAGUGAGGCAAAGGAGGUAAGGUAACUUGUUUUCUUAGUUCUUAAUUUUCAUUUCCACUGUGACAACAUCCAACAGUGCAAAUUGCUCAUUGAUUUCCCUCCAGGCAACCAGUUGCAAUGACUGAGCACUGUUAGGGCAAUGUGCACAAACUUGAGGAGAGCCAGCAUUUACCAAGUACUUCCUUAAGUUACAUGAAGUAGAACUACUUUACUAUUUUUAUUUCCCCCCCUUGUUUUUUAUCUGGUUUUAUGUGUAGUGUUCCUCCUGUUUUGUAAGUAGUUGGCAGUCUUCAGUAGUCAUCUUUUUGCAUCCUGACUCUUGAAUCAGCAGUUUGGGUCAUAGUUUCCCUGUCUUUAAUGAGGGGAUGUGUUGUGUAUGUGCUAUUGAUUUAUCAGCAUUUUGGAAAAGAUGGGGUUAUGUUGGCUUGCUGCCUUCCCUUUCUCUUGUUUUCAGUCACACUCCGUAGUUUGUGCUACUUCUGUGUUUCCUGCUUAUUCUCUGACUUUUUUUUUUUUUUUUUUUACUGUUUACUGCAAGAUAUCUUCUUAUCUUCUUGUUACUGUGCCCUUAAUUUCUCCUGUUUUAAAACUGUUUUUCCCAUCUGAAGUUUUGGAAUUUCAAUCUGGAAAAAAAAAAUCAGCUAAAUAUUACAUCUUCUGUUAGAAUAAGCACUGAAUUUAUAUUUAGGAAAGUGUUUUUCUGAGAGGUAUUGGAAAAAUCACCAAAUCUACAAGAUAUACAUAAAUAUCCUCUGACAACUGAUUUAGGUUUAGAGAUUUCUACAAGCAGGCUGUAACUUCUGUCUUUUGUUUUAUGAUUCUGAUAAGUCAAAACCACUUACAGUUUUGAUCUUAUAUAAGCAGCAAAAGUAUUAGGCAGGAAACUCCAAGUUAUUUGUUUUCAGCAGGAAAGAGACUAUCACUGUAAAGUUCUUACUAAAAUAUUCUGUGAAAUGAUAGGUAAAAAAGAAAAGAUAAAUAAAGUGUUUAAAA